GAAAAGAAGAAGUAGAUAAUAUGGCAUUUGUAGUGUUCAAAAUAGGGUUUAGGUCAGUGCUGGGCGCAAAUAAGUGGGCGUUGCACAAGGGAGUUGGAAGCAAAAGCAUCCGUUUCCUUCACCGGCUCACUCUGGUCGGCAUGCGGUGUUGCGUUCCCCCGCUCUUCGAGGCGCCUAUUCCCGAAGGCCGCAUACGUGACUUCCGUACGCUCGCGGAGCUAUUAAAGGUUAAACUACGUCGUGGGCGUAGCGGCACCUUGUAAUGGCGACCGUGCCGCGGAUGCGCCGAGCUGUGUGAAAAAUGAAGCGGAGAAGAAGUCAUUUCUGUUGAAGUGAAAACCCCGAGGUUCCCCCCGGCCCGAGGAGGACUUUGCGUCUACAAGCGUCGCCUUUCGAACGUGGUCAACUUCGCCCGUGCUUCGUUGAACGCCCGAGCACCCCCCCCCAGCCCCCGCCCCCCCCAUCCACGAUGAUGAAGCUCAAGUCCAACCAGACCCGGACGUACGACGGGGACGGCUACAAGAAGCGCGCCGCCUGCCUGUGCUUCAGGAGCGAAUCGGAGGAGGAGGUGCUGUUGGUGAGCAGUAGCAGACAUCCCGAUAAGUGGAUCGUUCCCGGCGGGGGCAUGGAACCUGACGAGGAGCCCAAUGUCGCUGCCACCCGGGAAGUGUGCGAGGAGGCGGGCGUGAAAGGGACGCUGGGUCGCUUAGUCGGCGUGUUCGAGAACCAGGAGAGGAAACAUAGAACCUUUGUCUACGUUCUGAUCGUGACGGAGGUCCUGGAGGACUGGGAGGACUCGGUCAACAUAGGGAGGAAAAGGGAAUGGUUUAAAAUAGACGAUGCCAUACAGUUGUUGCGGUGUCACAAACCCGUGCAGGCCAGCUACUUCGAGGCUCUCCAGGAGGGCUGCCUGACCAGCAACGGCACCCCCUCGGUGGCCACGAUAGGCGGGGAGCUCCCCCCCGCCUACAGCAUCAACCAGAGCUCCGUCUCGGAUAUCAGAUAACUAAAAACCAUAACUGAACAUCACCCCCAACACCAACCGCCGCCACCCCACGCCGGAAGCUUUUUGGCCACCACUUGCGCUCUUAACUCUUCUUCUUCUUCUUCUUCUACUCUUGUCUGCUUUGCCUUGCCAAGUCCUCGGCGCCGCCGCAGACUGGAUGACGGGUGUCGGCGAAAACACUUUGUACAUUUUUAACCCCUUUUCUUUUUACUGAACCUCGUUGCAUGAAGACGAAAAAAAAAAGACCCCCCCCCCGCGCGAUGCUCUCAGCGUGUUAAAUGAAUGCAAAAGAAAUACUUUUUACUGUUGUCAUGUAAAAGUGUGUAUCUCUCAUUCUUAAAACUGAAAAGCGUGUGGUGGUCCUCUUAACAGCGCCCCCUCCUUUUUUGCCCCCCUCCCGCUCAUUUUUUCCCCUCCUUUUGGAUUUUGGUCAAUUUUGGGGGUUAUUAUUGUGCUCAUCAGACUGUAGUUUGAUCCCGUCUGGGACUCAUCUCGCUCUUGCACGGUGCACAUUCACUCUAAAAAGUGAGUGAAAGAAUGUCAACAUAGCUUUGCCCCCCACCCAGACUUUAUUUUAUUUUUAUUUUCUUAACCCUCCCCAGCGAUGGACUGAAACGUCUUCCGCCGCAAACUGAAGGUGAAAGUACAAAUAUUUUUCAAAAAUCAUGCAGCACUUAUCCCGUUUUCCCCUCCUCACAUUCAGUUUGCUUCAAUUGUUUACGUUACAGGUGACUUUAGUGAGCACGUUUCCUUUCUUUUUUGGGGGGGUGGAGGCAGACUUUCCACCCAUUGUAUUUACACAGAUGCCAAACCGGCAGGCUGAAGACUGUACUCUGCUGAUUUUAUUUUAUUUUUAAUUGCAUUUUUUUUUUUUUUUUAAAUAAUGCAUCAUGUACUAUCUGGCAUCUUUUUGUGUUCUGUCACGCAGCGCACGCAGAUAGUCGUGACGAAUCAAAUCGGAUGUCCGCGGCGUCGGGAGCGGUACAGAUUUCGGCCUCCUGGGGGCGACAUUCUGGUCACGAGCGGGUCUUUGGAUUUAAUCCGCACCCUCUCCCCAAACCCCCAACCCGCCUAAUUUGACGUUGAAAGUAAGCGAAUCGACGAUGCUGUUUUUUGGCGAGAUGCAGCGCAAACAAGCCUUGUACAGUGUGAGACUUUUUUUUGUUUGUUUUUGACGUGUAAAAUGCUUUUUCGAUACUAGUUUUUUUUUUUUUUCCUUUGUCUCUAAACACCUAGCGAGAGUCUCUAUAGCCGUGUCACGAAAGCUGCCGGCUCCAUACUGUGAAACUGGAGGCCCUGUUGUAGAUAAGCACGGACGAGGAUUUUAUUGUAAAUUGUUUUUAUUUCUAUACAGAUCAACAGUGAGGAUAAAAAGGUGUCGUUUGAACUGAGAAUUGUGGGACACUAGUGAACGGCCGUUUAGGCAGGUAUUGAGGCUAGAAAACCCACUACGACAUCCUUGAUUCCGACCAGGCUAAGUGGUAAAAAAACAGAUAUUUGACCACAAAGGAACCAUCCUUGAAUCCACUGCGGUUUUGUCCCAAAGGGAUUCCGUCACGGGUCCCCCACCCCGAGUUUGUUGUGGAAGUUGCUGACACAGGAGGUUGAAGUCUACCUGCGGAUUUUCCGGCUGCUGAGGUUAGCAUCAGUCGCGCAACGGCGGCUGCGUUAAAAGAGCUCAGCGGAAAGGCUUUACGAAAGGUGCGGACAGGGACAGAGCAAGUCUCGUUUUUCGGAUGGUGACUGUGAGAAAGGGGGAUUAGAAGAAAGACGCAUCGUCACGGACUCGGAUGUCGAUGUGCAGCUUUCACAAUAUCGGAGGUUGGAACGGAGGCGGAAUAGCACUCGAGGGUAAACUCGUAAGGGCAACGGGGUGCUACAGUCGACCCACUGAUUUUCCGGUUUCUUCGGGUAGUAACAAUCGUGAUGGUGGAUUGUCGUAAAGUCACACAGCAGAAAGAUCUGGUCUGGAUCUGUCUGAAAGAUGCUGAUGUAGUGUUGACAUGUAGAAUUCAACCUGCUGAUUUUCGAGCCUUUGGGGUUGAGACAAGAUACCGGCAAGACAGUGUUCAGCGUGAAAUGGGUGCUGAAGUUAAAGCUCCGGUUGUCUACGUAGAGACCCAAUUCCAGGGAUGUUGUUAAACAAAAACAGAAUACAAUGAUUUGUGCGUCAUGUUCAACAUAUUUAAUUGAAGACAUUACAAAGAUGAGAAAUGUAAUGUUGAAACUAACUGCUAAUAAUCAUUAACUUGAAAUUUUAUGGCUGCAACAUGUUCCAAAGACAGGGUGAUUUGAUGUUUAUCGCCUAUCCUUUUAAAAAGUAAGUUGCUUUUGGCUUGUCCCGUUAGGCGUCACCACAGCGUGAAAUCUCGUAUUUCUCUGGCACAGUUUUUAAACACCAGAUGCCCUUCCUGACGCAGCUCCUCUCGGGGAGUAGAGGCCCCAGUGGGAUGCGAACUCACGACCCCUGGUUUACCACACCAGUGCUCUAACCACUGAGCUAUGGGACUUUUAAUAAUGUUCUAUAAACAUUUGUAGGUAGAGUUCUUUCCCUAACCCUUCAACAGUUUUAACUGUUCAACAGUCCGGGGUCUCUGUUGUAAUAUUUUACGCUUCAUAAUGCGCCACAGAUUUUCAAUGGGAGACAAUGGUCUGGAAUGGAGGCAGGACAGUCUACUAACCUGCACUCUUUGACUACAAAGCCACAGUCUUGUAAGAUGUGCAGAAGGUGGUUUGGCAUCGUCUUGCUCAAAUAAGCAAAGGCAUGCGUGAAAACAAUGUCGCUUGGAUGGCAGCAUAUAUUCCUCCAAACCUUGUGUGUACCUUUCAGCGUUAAGGGUGUCUUGACAGAUGUGUAACCAGAUGCCAAUCCAGUAACCGGCCCCCCCAGAUGUAGCGCCGAACUAUAUUUACUGACAUUUUUUGGAAUGUUUUGCAGCUGUAGGAUUCUAGGUUCAUGCUUAUUAGAUAAAAACGGCUUCACGCUGAACAUUCAUUUUUUGUGUAGGCAAUUGUUGAACAUGAUUUGAAAAACAUUGUACUCUGUAUUUAUCAAACAACAUCCAAAGUCCCAUAGCUCGGUGGUUAGACCGUUGGUUUGGUAAACCAGAGGUCGUGAGUUUGUAUCCCAACUUCAUUGGAAGUGGGUUUGUAGUAUUGGAGGGAGACUGGCAGCUGUGAAAAAAGGGGGUUAGCGAAAACAUGAGUGAAAGGAUCCGGUGUGAAUUAGUAAAUGAGGGGGUACGAGAUGCAGUUUUGGGAAAGGAGAUGGCAGAAAGACGAGUCAUUGGUUUUACUGGGUGUAGAAGUUGACCCACAUCUGAGGUCGUUUCAGGGCAUAACGUCAGCGGCGUUAGUAGAAAAACACGUCGCUGACACGGAACAGGGUGGGGAAGUCGAUCCACAGAUUUUGUACGGUGGUUUUGUGAAAGGGGGGAUAGCAGAAACCUGGACCGGGAUGUGAAAGCGGUAUCAAAGGCCAGUGAUUUAAGCCAAUCAUGUGAAAACCAGAAACGUUCCUCGUGCAUCUGGUUUCUUCCAGGCCUCCCCAACGACAGUGACUGAAUUUAACAGACUUCCUCAACCGGUUAAAGUAGCGAGACGUCUCAUUUUAUUGCCGCCCAAUCAGAAAAGGCGCAGCGGCCAAAGUCUUAAGUUUACGACGCCCCUCUCAGGAUGUCAUGAGGCUUCAGCGAUUCAUUUGAAUUUGCAAUUAAGUCACGUAGGGCAAUGACCUCGGGUGCGCCCCGCUGGGACGAACGACCCUUUUGGAGGUUUGAUGCUGACCGGCGUCAUUUAUAUCCAUUGAUCCAUGUUGUUCAUAAAUCAGUCAUGUCGGUGACACGAAUAUUUUGAGAAUUGCUACCAAAGGUGAUAGCGGCUGUGUAGUAAUUGGCGCCACCUGGUGGCCGAACAGGGUAAACAUCACAAUGGAGGAUUAUACAUAUUUGGCUGCUGAUUCGAAACAUACAUAACCGAUAGGAAUUUGGUUCCCCGCCACUCCUUCCUUUCAGCUUUGGCGUUACAUCCUCAUACGUUUAACGCGUCACUGGACUCUAACCCCCACCCCACCCAAUGUUUGCGACUGUAGAAUAAAAACAGUGCAAGAAGACUGAAGAUUGUAAUGUAAAUGUGCCAACAAUAAAACACCAGUAUUUCACUUUCAGCCUCACGUCUGUCUGU